AUGUCAGGAUUCAAACAGCCAAUCCUACACGGCCUUUGCUCUAUGGGAUUCGCUGCUCGUCAUGUUAUAAGUGGAUGGGCAGAAAAUGACGCCACGAGAUUCAAAGCACUCAAGGUACGAUUUUCAUCACCGGUCAUACCUGGACAGACGCUGCGGACGGAAACAUGGAAGGACGGCAAUCGAAUCAUUUUCCAAACGAAGGUUAAAGAAACUGGUAAAGUGGUGAUAUCGAAUGCAUGGAUGACGCUGACGGAAACCUCAAGUACGCCUGUUGUUGCCGAUCGCCUGCAGGCAAAACUUUGA